AAAAGCAUAACGCCUCAUUUUAGUGUCUCCUUUCUUAUUUGGAAGGUUCACGAAAGGAAAGGUUUUCUCGUUAAGAAUUUUAAAUGGAGAAUCUACCAGAGUCACCGUUUACAGAUACCACAUUGACAUCAUUGCCAUCGUUGUGCAACACUUCUACUUCUCCUUCUUCUCCGGUGGUUACACAACAAAAUCCUCUUGACUUAGGUGUUGCCACUCCAAAUCAGUUGGUGUUGUUACUCCGUGAUGUUAAUCUUCGUGAAGAGGUCAUCGAUCAACUCGUCAAGAAACGAGAUGCAUGCAAGGAUCUAGCACUGCUGGUGUGGAACACCUUCAAUGCAGUUUUUAUUCUUUUGCAGGAAGUUAUAGCAGUGCACCCGAAGUUGCCCUCAAUGGUAACUAUGAGGGAGUCAACUCGAGCAUGUAAUGCCCUUGCUUUGUUUCAGGUUAUGGCCAAUAACCCAGAAACAAGAAGGGAGCUCAUAAAAGCUCAAAUACCAUGUUAUUUCUACCCAUUUCUCUUUAAGCCUGGUGGAAAGGACAAGCCUUUGGAGUAUUUGAGGCUCACCAGCUUGGGCGUUCUCGGUUUCCUAACAAGGUUUGAUGAUCCAUAUGGAAAUGAGGUCCUUGAUUUUUUCAUGGAUACGGAAGUGGUUCAUUUGUGCCUGGAGUGCAUGGAUGUAGGUGAUGAACUGUCAUCGAAGGUUGCAACCCUCAUAGUUGUGAAAAUUUUGAUGCAACCGAAGGGAAUGAACUAUUGCUGUGCUUCGGCUCAACGCUUCUACUUGAUAGUACAGGUGUUGUACCGAGUGGUAGAGAAACUUUCUGAAAAACCUUGUUUGCUGCAUCUGAAAUAUGUGAUACAAUGCUAUCUAAGCCUUUCAGGGGUACUACGGUUUGUUAGGCCUUGUGAUGCAUUGACAAGCCAAGUUCCUCCUAAGCUAUUUGACGGUACCUUUACGGACAUUGUUCGUACUGACCCAGAAACUUCACGGAUGUUGUACCUGCUACAUGUCAAUAUUUUCGGAUAUCAAUAUUUUCCGAUGAAUCAAGACAGUAACAACGUUGCGAAACCGGAUACCACAGUUCAAAAGGCUAUGGGAAAGGGAAAGAAGUGAACUUGUUGUGUGGGAAAACAAAUAAUGACCUCCGUAGAGGAAAAAAUGUUUUAAAUUAACUUUUCAACUGUUAAAGGCUCGAAAACUUGUUGCAUAGUAGAGCCUUGUUAAAACUGAUAGUUUUGUGUUUGUUGUGUACUGAAUUGUAGUUUUGUUCACAUGGAGUGAAGUCAUCUUUUGUUGUUGUUUUCUUUAUAAUACAGUUUUGGUGUAGAGACAGCUGGUGUUUUGUUUUCUUUUUAUAGUAGUAUUUAUUUUGACAGGUAAGGGGUUUUGGUUGUGUUUCUUCUUUUUCUUUUAGUGGGAAACAAAUGUGAAUGCUAUUUAGUUUUGGGAAAUUGAGUCUUGGCUUUCUUUGUCUGAAAAUGAAAACAUUAAGGGUGUGUUUGGUAAGGAGGAAAACAUAUGUUUUUCAAUAUUCUCAUGUUUGGUCGGUCAAAAUAUUUUGGAGAACAUUUUCUUUAGAAAAAUAAGUCCCUUCCAAAUGAGAAAAAUGACUUCCUGAUGAAAUUAGAAAAUUGACUUCAAAAGAGAGAAUUCUUUUUACUUUUUCCUU